GCGGGACUUCCGGUUGCGCGGACCCGGAAGAUUCGGAUACAAGUUUAACUGUUGCAGCCCGCAUCCAUAUGCUCCCUACUUUAAACGUAUUCAUGUGAUUUAGGCGUUUUUUUACUCUGUAGUAUUAGCAACAAUGUUGUCCUUAGACUUCCUUGACGAUGUCCGUCGCAUGAAUAAGCGGCAGCUGUAUUACCAGGUGCUGAACUUUGGUAUGAUCGUUUCCUCUGCGCUGAUGAUCUGGAAAGGACUGAUGGUUGUCACCGGCAGCGAAAGCCCUAUUGUUGUUGUUCUCAGUGGGAGUAUGGAGCCGGCUUUCCACAGAGGGGACCUGUUAUUUUUGACUAAUCGAGUGGAGGACCCCAUCAGAGUUGGAGAGAUUGUUGUCUUCAGGAUAGAAGGCAGAGAGAUCCCAAUAGUACACAGAGUACUAAAGAUCCAUGAAAAGGAAAACGGUGACAUUAAGUUCUUGACCAAAGGAGACAACAAUGCAGUGGAUGAUAGAGGGCUGUACAAGCAAGGCCAACAUUGGUUGGAGAAAAAAGAUGUGGUGGGACGAGCAAGGGGGUUUGUGCCAUAUAUUGGAAUUGUCACCAUCCUCAUGAAUGACUACCCCAAGUUCAAGUAUGCUGUGCUCUUCAUGUUGGGUCUUUUCGUCUUGGUCCACCGGGAGUGAGGCGUCGACCCUUCGGCUCUGAAGAUGGAUAAACUGCGUCUAGAAAACCUCAGUCAUGCCUUUUGAAGCAGAUUUAUUUUUCUUUGUCAAACCCAACUUGAUUUCUUCUUCUUUUUUUUUGUACCAUUUGUUCACACAUUUUGUAGAAACGUGGAUAGAGUGUUUACAUUUUCAAAAGUCCAAGUUGUACAAGUAUUUUUGUGAGUUAAUUGGGAUAAAGUUUUGAGUCAAUUUUAGUAUGUGGUCUUCAGAAUGUGAAAUGGCAUUCUUAAAGGUAAAUUUACUUGCAUUCAUUUCUCCUUGAUUUAUUGUUCCUGGAAAUGACAUGGAUGUGUUUCUUGGCAACUGAAAAUAAAUACAUUUAAAAUCUGGUUAGCAUCCACUUCAGGUUACAUGAACUGUCAAAUUUCGUUUGGUCACGACAAGAUGUUUUGUUUCAUUAAUGUAGAGUUCAUUCUUGCUGGAAAAAAAAAAAUCAGUUCACUUUGGUUUUUAAACUUAUAUGAAGAUAUGUUUAGCAAACCUUUUUACAACCCUAUAUUGGAAGUGAAAUUUGUCUGUCACUGCUGAGAGACUUGCAUUGAAAUAAACAUUUUAAAGAGUUUUGGUAAA